AAAGGCCCCCACACACACCAGUCACCACCAAAUACCAAUAAUUGUUCAUUCUUUGCCUAAUCUCUUCCUUCCUUCCUUCUGUAUUCAAGCUGUCACCCUUCUCCAUCUUCUCUUCACCAAUCCCCAAAACUCAUUUCACUCUUCAAUCCAAUGUUCUAACACCACAACCUUAAAACUCUCAAACUUAAACCAAAACAAAAAACACCAACAACAACAUAAAAAAAAAACAUGUUUUUAUCCAUUCAUUCUAUUCUUCUUAUUCUUCUUUCAAUUUCAUCCAUUUCUUUUUCUUCUUCAAAAACUACCAAUGCAACCACAAUCUAUGAGGUUCUUGAAAACCAUGGUCUUCCAAUGGGUAUUUUCCCAAAGGGUGUUAAAGAGUUUAACAUAGAUGAAGAUGGUAAAUUUUGGGUACAUUUAGAUCAAGCUUGUAACGCUAAGUUUGAGAACGAGUUACAUUAUGAUCGAAACGUUUCUGGGUCUUUGAUUUAUGGAAAGAUCGAUGCUUUAACCGGUUUACAAGCUCAAGAUCUUUUUCUUUGGUUUCCUGUUAUGAGUAUUCGUGUUGAUGUUCCUACUACUGGUUUGAUUUACUUUGAUGUUGGUGCUGCUUAUAAACAAUUCUCUUUGUCCCUGUUUGAAACUCCUCCUGAAUGUGUCGCUGUUGGUUCCGAUGAUUCCAAGGGUCAAUCUGGAAGGCUCCGCUCUAAAGUUGAGAAAGGAACUUUUGGAAGAGGUAUUCUAUAGACCAAGCAGGAAAGGGUGAGUGAAGUUUUUGUGUGUAGUGAAAUCGUAAUGGAUUGAUUCUUCAAUCGGAUUAUAUUCAUUCGGAGGGUAUAAAUUAAUAGGUCCAACGAUUCGGUCCUAAUGUUGUCAUUUGUGUUAUCUCGCCGUGUAGUGCAUGCAGAAUUAGUGUAGUAGACGAAGCCAAUGUGUAUGGAAAGGGAAGCAACAAGAUAAAUUUUCGAGAAUCUGUUUCGUAUUGAAAAAAUGGAGCUAGAAUGGAGCAUUUUUGUUGAAAUGGAUUCAGGUGACAAGCUUGUAAAGAUUUUGUUCUAUCAUAAGAAUGUAUUAGGGUAGGUUGCGGGGAGGGGUGUUGUUCAGUUGAAUCGAAGUUGUUAUAUCAGUUUAAAACCGAAAGAAUCAUAAGCACUUUUGAUAUGAAAAUUCAUGAUUAUUAUUUGUUGAAUAAAAUUUAUGUACUCUUUAAGGAUUACAAUGUUGCUAAAA